UUGCUUCCCCGCAGAUCUGGUUCUCAUGCAAGCCCCUCACACUGUCCCCUCCCGCCGCCCCGGGCUCAGGGCAGUCAAGUUUUCAUUCUCCUCCUUCUGCUCCUGCAGCUGCCUAGCCCACCCCCCUCUGGUUGAGAGAAGGCUGCCCGCUUCUGGUGUUACCGGCUCGGAUUGCUGGAAACACCCAUAGGUGUUUCUUUUCCUUUUUAAAAAUUCCUGUUUCAGGGGAGGGGGUGUGGCGGGCAAGGAUGAGAAAGUCCUUUCCUCUGCUCUGUUUCUGGAGCAUCUAUUGCUGCUUUGCUGCGGGAAGCCCCUCAGCCCUUGAUUCCGAGGGACGGCUGGAAGAAGAGCUCCACAAAUCCAGGGAUGUGCAGACUGAGGCCAAACCCUCUGUGAACUUUAACCUCCGCACUUCUAAGGACCCAGAGCAUGAAGGAUGUUACCUCUCCCUGGGCCAGAGCCAGCCCUUAGAAGACUGUGGUUUCAACAUGACAGCCAAAACCUUUUUCAUCAUUCAUGGAUGGACGAUGAGCGGCAUGCUUGAAAAUUGGCUGCACAAGCUCGUGUCAGCCCUGCAGACAAGAGAGAAGGAUGCCAAUGUAGUGGUGGUGGACUGGCUCCCCUUAGCUCACCAGCUUUACACAGAUGCUGUCAAUAACACCAGGGUGGUGGGACGCAGCAUCGCAAAAAUGCUCGACUGGCUGCAGGGGAAGGAUGAUUUUUCUCUUGGGAAUGUUCACUUGAUCGGCUACAGCCUGGGAGCGCACGUGGCUGGGUAUGCUGAAUUCGUGAAAGGAACAGUGGGCAGAAUCACAGCAAUCACAGAGGUGGUGAAAUGUGAGCAUGAGAGGGCUGUGCACCUCUUUGUUGACUCCCUGGUGAAUCAGGACAAGCCGAGCUUCGCCUUCCAAUGCACCGAUUCCAACCGUUUCAAAAAGGGGAUCUGUCUCAGCUGCCGGAAGAACCGUUGUAACAGCAUUGGCUACAAUGCCAAGAAAAUGAGGAACAAGAGGAACAGCAAAAUGUAUCUAAAAACCCGGGCAGGCAUGCCUUUCAGAGGUAACCUUCAGUCCCCAAAAGUGGAGCAGAUUGAGCUGAAUGCCACCAACACCUUCCUGGUCUACACCGAGGAAGACUUGGGAGACCUCCUGAAGAUCAAACUCACCUGGGAGGCGACAUCUCAGUCUUGGUACAACCUGUGGAAGGAGCUUCGCAGCUACCUGUCUCAACCCCACAGCCCUGCGCGGGAGCUGAAUAUCAGGCGCAUCCGGGUCAAGUCUGGGGAAACCCAGCGGAAAUUGACAUUUUGUGCAGAAGACCCUGAGGAAACUAGCAUAUCCCCCGGCCAAGAGCUCUGGUUUCACAAGUGUCGGGAUGGCUGGAGAAUGAAAAACGAAACCAGUCCAGCUGCGGAGCUCCCCUGAGGGUUCCCCGGGAAGUCUGGCCAGCGAGGACUCCCCACCCCACCGUCCAAGCACAUGGAGGAAAGUUACUGCUGAGGACUCACCUGAAGGAAGAACACCUCUUGGCCUUGACCCCGGAGCACCGGGAUGAACUUGCUCAUUGGGCCCAGACCUUUGUCUCUCACGAUGGGCUGGGACUUCUCACAGGAGGGACAGUGCACUGCUGUAGCUCCUGUUGCUGCUCUAGAAUAGCUCUAACUCCAGAUCUCCGUGGAUGCCUCCGAGAGCACCGAGUCCAGAUUUGAGUGCACACAGCUGAAUGGCUUCUCAGUUGCUGUGUGAGCCUGUGCUUUGCCUGACAAGGAACACUGGCUCUGAAAUGGCUCAAUGAGAGGCUGUCAGCUACUUAGCCUGACUUGAGCCUUAGUGAGAGGUUUUUCUGCUGGGGGCUGAUUCACGUCAGGGUGGCAGUCCUGCUACUUUGUCCGCCCAGAGAGGGGAUGGUCCACCUGGGCUGGAGCUGAGGCCCUCGCCAUUGGAGUUCUGAUGGGCUGCAUCGAUCGAUACUGGUUACCCCUUAGGCAUUCUGUCCUGCUCCCCACCUCACUCUCUGAAACACUCAUCAUUGGCUUUCUUAUUUUUCCACUGUUAGUGUUUUGAUUGAACAAGUGUUUAUUGAGCACUUAAUUAAGAUUAAUUAGUAUGUGGCAGUAGAUGCAUUACUAACCCUCUCCAUUCAGAACCUAGUGGGGUUGGGAUUUCUAGAAGCCCUUUCAGUUUAGAUGGUCCAUGAGUAUACAUGUGGUGAAAGGCAUGAGGGGCAUGGGGGAAAUGUUCAGGAUGUAAGAGUCGGAGACCCUGAGGUUUUAAGUGGUUUCUACCUAUUUCUUCUUAGUUGACACGUGCCAUUUCCCCCAAGAGUGACAUAUUUCAUCACUAGUAGAAUAGCAAGCAUAGUAUUAUAGGUGCUGGGGCCAGAAAAUGGUGGCCAAUUGCUGGAUAUGAUUUCUUUGGAGCAAAAUCUCCUCUACUUAGGGAAAUAGAAGUAUUACAUGCACAUUUUAUACAUAUCUGUUCAUACGGAAACCAGCACUUGUCAAACACAGCUGGCUCUAAGAUUUACUACAAUGAUUUUUCCUCAAAAUACCUUGCUCUAGUACCACUUUCUUAUACAUGAUAUCUGAGAAACCCUUUUAUACUUUUCAAAAGAUUUGCAUAUGCAUCACCUAGUUGGAGCGAGUUGAGCAGGGCAGCUGCUAUUAUCCCUAUUUUACAAAACUGAGGCUUAGUGAGGUUCAGCCACAUGCCUAGAGUUAUAUACCAAAUUGAUGAUAAAGCCAGGCUGAGGACCCAGUUUCUGUGGAGGCAAAGUCCAUGGUACACUCAUCUCUGAAACUUCAUGAAGGUAUCUAUAGCCAUUUCCCAGCAAUAUGCUCCAGAUGUGGCAAACUAGGACUUUUUUUCAGAGCCAUCCAUAAAAUCCUAAACCCUUUUAUUAAUAUAUAACCAGGAGAACACCUGUGCCAAGGGGUUGGGCUUUUUAUGGAUGAGAUUUAUUUGGAAGGAAGUGUUGUAUCAGAUGGGGGAGGAACAGUGAUUUUCCUUGUACUUAGGUUUUUAAAGGAUAUUGGUUUAUCUGUAUUGCACCAAAGUUGUAUCACUGUUUAAUGCCAAACUUCUGAAGACAUAACCAGUCAUGUCUUAAUUUAAGGUAUGCUCUCAAUCCAGUGGUGUGUCCCUGUUGCUUCUGUGAUUGCUUUCUAGCCAGAAUGAAGCUUGUGUUUUGGGCUGUGCAUCCUGGAUCCUUUUGAUUUCUGGUUUUAGUAAUGAAAGCUUUGGGAAUCGAAUCCUCAGUGGGUUGUGUAUUUAUACAUUUGGCUUGAAGCCUUAAUUGUAUAUAAUGUUGCUUUUUAAAAAUGCUACUUAGAACACUAUUUAUUUCUCAAGUGUAUAUAAUAUAUAAAACAAAUAUAUGGUUAGUUUUUACUUUAAGAUUAACCAAUUUCAAGAUUAAAAAUUUUAAUAGUAAAAUAAUAAAAAACUACAGAAUUCUUAA